AUGGCUGACACCGAAUUGCCUAUUGAGGAACAUGACAUUGUCAUCAUUGGUGCAGGCCUCAGCGGCAUAAACGCUGCUCACCGGCUGAAAACCGACCUUCCUCACCGGUCCUUCACCAUCCUCGAGGCCCGCGAUGUGAUCGGUGGGACAUGGAGCUUCUUCAAGUAUCCGGGCAUGCGCAGCGACUCGUCUCUCCGGUCCUUUGGCCUGCCCUGGCACCCCUGGAAACACUCUCACAAGGUCGCCAUGGCCGCUGAGAUUUGCGAGUACCUUGAGGAUGCUGCCAGGACAGACGGAUCCUACGACAAGAUUCAGUUGGGACACCGAGUUGUGCAAAGUGACUGGAGCACCGAGGAGCAGAGAUGGACCCUGGAGAUUGAUGUCCACGGCUCCAAGAAGCUGAUCAAGGCCAACUUUCUCUUCACUUGCAUUGGGUACUACUCGUAUGAAAAGGCAUUGGACAGCCCCGUGCCCGGCAUUGAGAAUUUUGAAGGAACAGUCGUUCACCCGCAGUGGUGGCCAGAGAACCUCGACUAUAACGAUAAACGCGUCGUAAUUAUCGGCAGCGGAGCAACCGCCGUUACGCUGUUGCCAGAGAUGGCUGAAAAGUCAAAGUCUCUCACGAUGCUUCAGCGGACGCCGUCGUAUGUUGUGUCAAUGAAGAGAAGCUCGGACCUCGAGAAGUUUCUGUCAUCGUGGUUGUCCUUGGCGUGGGUGCACUGGAUUGGCCGAUUUAUCGACGUUUGGUUUGAAGUCUUCAUCUCCGAACUCUGCCUGUCAUUUCCCCGUUUGGGACGUUUUCUUAUUACGCAAGAUCUGGACAAGAAAUUGCCAAAGAAAGUUGAUGCUUCAAUUCACUUUAAUCCCACUUACGGCCCGUUUGAGCAGCGUCUGUGCCUAACUCCAGAUGACGAGUUCUUCAACGCCCUGCACCGCGAUAACGUCGAGAUUGUAACGGAUGUGAUUGACACCGCUGAGAAGGAUGGAAUCGUGCUCAAAUCCGGACGCAAGCUGCCAGCAGACAUCAUUGUGACGGCCACUGGUCUGCACAUACAGGUCCUUAGCGGAAUGAAGCCUCGAGUUGACGGCAAGGAAAUCGACAUCGGACAGCAGUACGCGUGGAGAGGGUGUUUAAUCGAAGGUAUACCUAACCUAGCGUCCGUUUUUGGUUAUGUGACCACGACGUGGACUCCCGGCGCGGAUUCCAUGACAAGGCUGGCCAUUCGAGUGGUGAAGCAGAUGGAGGCGGACAACGCGUCAAGUGUCGUCCCAGUCAUUGAGAGGACAGAGGGGAUGCCGCGAAUGUUGAGUACGAAUGCAAAGAGUUCAUACUUCGUCAAGGCCGCAGACCGGAUCCCGAAAGUCACGGGCAAAGGCCCGUUUUAUGGACGUCUGAAUCUGGUCGUCGAUUUAUGGGCGUUAUGGUUUGGGAGUAUGCGAGAUGGAUUGGUGUAUACUAAGAGGGAGGCCAAGAAGACCAAAUAA